AUGGAAAACCAUAUGGUGGUGUCUACUUGCAACCCCAACACCCUCUUGGGAAGCCUGGGGCUGAAGGAUCACAAAUUCAAAGCCAGACCAGGUGACAUAAGAGGACACAGGCAGCAGAGCCACCUCUCACCCUCCUUUGCAAUCUCAUAGGACAUGGUAGCUAUGGGUGAGACCCUGGCUCACAUAAGGAUCACUCUCCUGCAGCUCUGGCUGGAGAGGUUGCUCUGUUUUUCAGUGUGGCCCCUGUCUGGGUGUGCUCAACACACCAGCCUCCCAGAAGUAGUGAUACCCUUGAGGGUCACUGGAACCAGUAGAAGAAUGUGGGCUGCAGGCUGGCUGUCCUAUAGCCUGCACUUUGGAGGCCAGAGACACAUUGUCCACAUGAAGGCCAAGAAGUUUUUGGUAUCUAAACAUUUGUCUGUGUUCACGUACACAGACCAAGGUGCCCUCCUUGAGGACCAGCCUUUUGUCAGGAGUGACUGCUACUAUCUUGGUUUUGUGGAAGGAGACCCAAUAUCCACAGUUGCCCUUACCACCUGUUUUGGGGGCUUUCAAGGAAUACUUCAAGUAAAUAACACAGCUUAUGAAAUCAAGCCCCAAAAUGCUUCUUCCACAUUUGAACAUCUAAUUUAUAAGAUCGACAAUGAGGAGACAGAAUUAUUCCCCAUGAGAUGUGGAUUGACAGAGGAAGAAUUAGCACGGCAAUUGAAGAUUCAAGCGCGCUAUAACUUCACCCUCAGGCAGAGCAGCUACGAGGGAUGGUGGACCCACAAACGAUAUCUUGAAGUGGCAUUAGUGGUAGACCAUCAGAGAUAUGUUUUUCAGCAAUGCAACAUUUCACUUGUGUUAUCAGAAGUAUACCUCAUUGUCAAUGUAGUAAAUGCCAUUUAUUAUACACUAGAUCUUGAUGUAAUCGUACAGGGAGUUGAGAUCUGGACUGAAGGAAACCCAGUGACAGUGCAUGACAUCGAUCAACUCCUUACUGAUUUUUGUAUUUGGAAGAAGAUCAACCUUGAUCAUCGUCUACAACAUAAUAUUGCACAUCUUUUUGUAGAACAUAAUUUUGGUAUAUCUCUUGGCUUAGCCUAUGUUGGAAGUGUCUGCAUGCCAUCCCUUAACUGUGGAGUUGAUCGAAUGGUGGGAUCAGAUUUGUUUACCCUGGGACGCAUUAUGGCACAUGAGUUAGGUCAUAAUUUGGGUAUGUUGCAUGAUGAAGCUUCAUGUACAUGUGGAGAGAGCUUAUGCUUAAUGGCUCCAACAGACAAUAUAAACAUCAGAUUUAGUAACUGCAGUUAUGGAAUGUUUUUGAAAACGUAUGAUACUACCAAUUGUUUGCACAAGAUACACAGACCAUUAAGCAUCCUCAGAGUGACCUUUUGUGGGAAUGGUGUGGUUGAAGAUGGAGAGGAGUGUGACUGUGGAUCUGAAACGAUGUGUAGAAAUGAUCCCUGUUGCAUGAAGGGCUGCACUCUGAAAUAUGGUGCUGCCUGUUCUUUUGGGCUUUGUUGCAAAGAUUGCCAGUUCAUGCCAUCUGGCACAGUGUGUAGAGAAAAUAACAGUGAAUGUGACCUUCCAGAGUGGUGUGCUGGAACUUCACAUGAAUGUCCUGAAGAUGUCUAUGUGCUGGAUGGGACCCCUUGCCAUGGUGGUGGCUACUGCUAUGAAAAGAGAUGUAAUAACCGUGAUCAACAGUGCCAGCAAAUUUUUGGCAAGGAAGCCAGGAGUGCAGCUCAGACUUGCUACAGGAAAAUCAACACCCAAGGUGACCGUUUUGGCAACUGUGGUAUAUCCAGUCAUACAUACAUAAGAUGUAAUGACUCAGAUGUCCUGUGUGGGAGAAUCCAGUGUGAGAACAUCGCAGAUAUUCCACAUUUAAAAGAGCAUUCCACUGUGCACUGGCAUCAAUUCAAUGAUGUCACUUGCUGGGGUACGGACUACCAUUUUGGGAUGACCAUUCCUGACAUUGGUGAAGUAAGAGAUCAAUCUGUUCUUUCUCUUCCACCUUGGCCUCAUAGAGGACACAGGCAGCAGAGCCACCUCUCACCCUCCUUUGCAAUCUCAUAGGACAUGGUAGCUAUGGGUGAGACCCUGGCUCACAUAAGGAUCACUCUCCUGCAGCUCUGGCUGGAGAGGUUGCUCUUUUUUUCAGCGUGGCCCCUGUCUGGGUGUGCUCAACACACCAGCCUCCCAGAAGUAGUGAUACCCUUGAGGGUCACUGGAACCAGUAGAAGAAUGUGGGCUGCAGGCUGGCUGUCCUAUAGCCUGCACUUUGGAGGCCAGAGACACAUUGUCCACAUGAAGGCCAAGAAGUUUUUGGUAUCUAAACAUUUGUCUGUGUUCACGUACACAGACCAAGGUGCCCUCCUUGAGGACCAGCCUUUUGUCAGGAGUGACUGCUACUAUCUUGGUUUUGUGGAAGGAGACCCAAUAUCCACAGUUGCCCUUACCACCUGUUUUGGGGGCUUUCAAGGAAUACUUCAAGUAAAUAACACAGCUUAUGAAAUCAAGCCCCAAAAUGCUUCUUCCACAUUUGAACAUCUAAUUUAUAAGAUCGACAAUGAGGAGACAGAAUUAUUCCCCAUGAGAUGUGGAUUGACAGAGGAAGAAUUAGCACGGCAAUUGAAGAUUCAAGCGCGCUAUAACUUCACCCUCAGGCAGAGCAGCUACGAGGGAUGGUGGACCCACAAACGAUAUCUUGAAGUGGCAUUAGUGGUAGACCAUCAGAGAUAUGUUUUUCAGCAAUGCAACAUUUCACUUGUGUUAUCAGAAGUAUACCUCAUUGUCAAUGUAGUAAAUGCCAUUUAUUAUACACUAGAUCUUGAUGUAAUCGUACAGGGAGUUGAGAUCUGGACUGAAGGAAACCCAGUGACAGUGCAUGACAUCGAUCAACUCCUUACUGAUUUUUGUAUUUGGAAGAAGAUCAACCUUGAUCAUCGUCUACAACAUAAUAUUGCACAUCUUUUUGUAGAACAUAAUUUUGGUAUAUCUCUUGGCUUAGCCUAUGUUGGAAGUGUCUGCAUGCCAUCCCUUAACUGUGGAGUUGAUCGAAUGGUGGGAUCAGAUUUGUUUACCCUGGGACGCAUUAUGGCACAUGAGUUAGGUCAUAAUUUGGGUAUGUUGCAUGAUGAAGCUUCAUGUACAUGUGGAGAGAGCUUAUGCUUAAUGGCUCCAACAGACAAUAUAAACAUCAGAUUUAGUAACUGCAGUUAUGGAAUGUUUUUGAAAACGUAUGAUACUACCAAUUGUUUGCACAAGAUACACAGACCAUUAAGCAUCCUCAGAGUGACCUUUUGUGGGAAUGGUGUGGUUGAAGAUGGAGAGGAGUGUGACUGUGGAUCUGAAACGAUGUGUAGAAAUGAUCCCUGUUGCAUGAAGGGCUGCACUCUGAAAUAUGGUGCUGCCUGUUCUUUUGGGCUUUGUUGCAAAGAUUGCCAGUUCAUGCCAUCUGGCACAGUGUGUAGAGAAAAUAACAGUGAAUGUGACCUUCCAGAGUGGUGUACUGGAACUUCACAUGAGUGUCCUGAAGAUGUCUAUGUGCUGGAUGGGACCCCUUGCCAUGGUGGUGGCUACUGCUAUGAAAAGAGAUGUAAUAACCGUGAUCAACAGUGCCAGCAAAUUUUUGGCAAGGAAGCCAGGAGUGCAGCUCAGACUUGCUACAGGGAAAUCAACACCCAAGGUGACCGUUUUGGCAACUGUGGUAUAUCCAGUCAUACAUACAUAAGAUGUAAUGACUCAGAUGUCCUGUGUGGGAGAAUCCAGUGUGAGAACAUCGCAGAUAUUCCACAUUUAAAAGAGCAUUCCACUGUGCACUGGCAUCAAUUCAAUGAUGUCACUUGCUGGGGUACGGACUACCAUUUUGGAAUGACCAUACCUGAUACUAGUAUAGUGAAAGAUGGAACAAGCUGUGGUCUAGAGCAUAUGUGUUUGCACAGGAAAUGUGUCCCAAAGCCAAUAUGGGCCAGUAAUUGUUCACCGAAAACAACCUGCAAUAUGAAAGGGGUUUGCACCAAUAAACAACACUGCCACUGCAACCCUGGGUGGGAUCCACCAUACUGCAUGACAGGAAGCAAUGGAGGGAGUAAGGACAGCACUCCAGAACCUUGGAAGGAAGAGAAGACUGAGAAAAAUUAUGUGCCAUUGAUUAUCGUAAUUCUUUUAUGCAUUUCUAUGUUCUCUGUGUUAAUUUGGCUUUGGACAUGGUACAUAAUUUCACCUGUAAAGGAGGAGAGCACUGUUCCCUCUUCACUUGAAGAAGAGUUCAGUGGUAAAAGUUCUAUUGUGACAGAUUAA